AUGGUUGUCCUUCUGGAAGGUUCUCCCAUCUCCACAGAGGAACUCUGGAGCUCUACAGGUGUGUGGUCAGAGAAGCCACAACCUUCUGGCCUGCAGUCCUGUGAGCUGUCAGAGAAGCCACAACCUUCUGGCCUGCAGCCCUGUGUGCUGUCAGAGAACCCUCAACCUUCUGGCCUGCAGCCCUGUGUGCUGUCAGAGAAGCCUCAACCUUCUGGCCAGCAGUCCUGUGUGCUGUCAGAGAACCCACAACCUUCUGGCCUGCAGCCCUGUGUGCUGUCAGAGAAGCCUCAACCUUCUGGCCAGCAGUCCUGUGUGCUGUCAGAGAACCCACAACCUUCUGGCCUGCAGCCCUGUGUGCUGUCAGAGAACCCUCAAACUUCUGGCCUGCAGCCCUGUGUGCUGUCAGAGAAGCCUCAACCUUCUGGCCAGCAGUCCUGUGUGCUGUCAGAGAACCCACAACCUUCUGGCCUGCAGCCCAGUGUGCUGUCAGAGAACCCUCAACCUUCUGGCCUGCAGCCCUGUGUGCUAUCAGAGAACCCUCAACCUUCUGGCCUGCAGCCCUGUGUGCUAUCAGAGAACCCACAACCUUCUGGCCAGCAGUCCUGUGUGCUGUCAGAGAACCCACAACCUUCUGGCCAGCAGUCCUGUGUGCUGUCAGGAUGA